AGGAGAGCUGAGGAGGCAGGGACAGUGUUACUGUGAAACACAUCUCUCUAACAUCUCAGUUUUUUUGGCCCUGCAGCUGACAGUGUUAAAGGUCUGCGGGUGCUGAUGUGGAACGGCUGUGCCUCUCUGGUUCCUGACCCCCAGGUUCUACCCAUUUCCGCCUCUCACUAUGACAGGAUAGUCAGGGAGCUCCAAAUGCCUUCAUCAGCCCAGAGUCAAUAUUGCAGCUGGCUUGGUGCUCGCACGUUCACCUGCAAUCCCCAGCCGUCCUGCAUCGACUGUUCAGCAUCUGCACCGUGUUCCUUUCCAGCCACAAACCACUGGCCCUGCACAGUUCCAUCCGACUGUAGGUCAACCCUUGGAGGAAUGAAUCAAUCUGAGCAGUCAGGGAAACAUAAAUGGAUGGACCUAAAAGAUACAGAUGUGGGGAAGAGCAAAAGUGAAAUGCCCUCUUCCUCCUCUGCAUCACUUACUGAGGAGGAGACCAGAGCAAUAUUUCCUGCUGGAGUGAAACUGAGCAGUAAGAAACAACGUCCUCCCUGGAGGUACUGGAGGAUAACUGGGCCUGAGCCUCAGCACAGACAGCCAGGGAGUGCAGUACCUAGGAGAACCUCUCAACCCCCGAGGUUCAGCUUCCCGGUUCCACAGAUUUGUGCCUCGCCAAACCACAGCUCCAUGUUUCAGAGACUUCCAGGUGGAAGAACAACAGCGCACUUCAAACCUCGACCACCUGUGGGACUGCAGACCUUCUCUGCCACUGAUGUGACAACUGUUCUCUCAUAA